AUGGAGUUCUUGAGCGAUCCUUGGGGGCUAACAGAACAAUCUGGAGGCGAAGAGCAUUCGAACAUUGAUCUCAAGUCUCUCAGAGUACGAGAUACACUGAAAAAUCUUAAUAUCGCAGAUCAACCGUGGGAAAAGCUUGCACUCUUGAUUGGUGAUGAUGAGCAAGACGAUUCUGAUUUCCUACCACUACUGGAAAAGAUAGACGAUAUUAACAACCGGGAAGUUACUGGAGUAACUUUACUCAUUUACUGCAUUGUCUUCGACCGACCUUCAUACAUAGAAUUGCUACACGGAUCUGGUAAACUAGACCCGAACCUACCAGACAACCUUUAUUUGAAUUCACCGCUUACAUGGUGCUUCAACCUCAAUAGGCAGCAAUGUGCUCUGGAGCUUCUCAAUUUCGCCGAAGAGCUGGAUAUUGGCUAUAAAAAUCCAGGUGGUUCUACGGCCCUUGAACUUCUAGUCCCGGGAACGGCCAUGUAUGAGUUUUCAAAAGACCACGGGCUGUUUCAGCUGGGCAAGAUAUCUGAUGGUAGCACUAACGACCUGUACAAAGCUUCGAAGUCGGCCUUUGGAACAACUGAUGUUGAUCAAACUAUAGAUCAGAUCGAUUUGCAAACUGCUGGAUUGAGCCUCAAUGGUGAUCCUCUUUCAACCAACUAUGACAUCGAUGAAAAUUCAGGAGCUCUUUAUACUACGAGUCAUCCAGAUUCACAAGAUGAGCUACAGAAUUUCGACUUCGAUCAUAUUUUGCCUGGGCAGUUUAUUGAAUUUUCAGAUUACGACAUACCGCGAUUGCUCGAGCUUGUAAUUUCUAUGCCAUUCAAAAAGCCUCAUAAAACAUGCAUACCAGCUGCAAUAAUUUUUCAAUGCAUAAGAUACGCGGAUUAUAAUAAAGAGAGUGUUUCUCUCGUGGAGAGCAUUGCGCAUCUGUCGCUAGUGAAGAUACUCGCGUCCAUAACAACAACAUCUGGUGGUGUUGUGAGUAACCAAACUGGUGACAUUGUUUUGCAGUCAUAUUGGCUCUCAAGUCUCAAUUUUCUCUAUUAUUACCUGUAUCGUCAAGAAGGUUUUUACAAAAGGUAUCCAUCGAUAUUGCAAGAACUCAUAGAUGGGAUGCGUUCACUAAUUAUAGAACUGAAUGCUUCCAUUCACUCUCGAAUAGAACCUCUCUUGGAUUCUACAAUUCUUGAACACACGACGAUUGCUCAAGUUAGGGAAACACUGUACAAAAAAGACUGGAAUUUGUUAAAGAAGAGGAAGCAACGUCAGCGAAAAAAUGAUGGUCGCGAUUCCUACGAUCAAAUAUUGUUGAUGCUUUACCCACCUUCCCUUGAUGAGCAAAUGAAGCCUUCACCGCUAAAGACCGUACAAAUAUUCGGAGCCCUAACUUACGUAUUGGAUCUUCAUCAAGUCCACCCUUUGUUAGCCCAACAGUGCUUAUCUCUCGCAGUACAGUGGUUUUCGGUCAAGCUUUUCAACAAAAUCAUGGAUAACAAGAAGAAAUCGCUGUCAAGAGCGCACGCUAUCCAAAUAAGAUUGAAUUUAUCGGUGAUACAAGAUUGGAUCAAAAACCAUAAUUUUAAGGCUCCCUUACCUGAAAUGAUUGACGAGUUCAUGUGGCAAAGAUUUCCUCACACUUUGAUUUUAAGUCUGAGUGACAUUGAUAGAACUCAAAAGCCAUUUGAGCUUCGAAACGUAACAUUUUACAAGCCCAUAAAAGGAGAUCAUACUGAGGAUAUGAACAACUCUUUGUUCUUCUAUCAAUCGUUUUACCAAAUCUCAAAGAUUCAUAUGGAGCCAUGCAUGCAGUUGUUGCAGUGGCUACAGGUGGCAACUUCUCUUGAAGAUGAAGAUAGUCUUGAAUCCACUAUGACCAUUUUAAAUUUACUCACGCCUUUACAGCUUUACAAAUCUAUUGGGAAGUAUAGAUACGAAAUUGAUGAAGAGAAGUUCGCUUCAAAAUUGAGAAAGAAACUGUCGUUGAUGUGCCACGAAAGGGAAGAAACAGAUACAAAUUUACCAGAAAAGCCGAUCUGCUCUUUGACACUCCCUACAAUCACAGAACUCAUUGACAUGUAUACCCAGCAUGAAGAUAGUAACGAACUUUUACCUAUUGUACCACUUGACAUUCAAGAUGAUGUGGACGAAAUACAUGAGCAAAACAUUAGAGUCAGAAAGUCAGAAAAAGAGCAAUUUAGACCAGCCACUGAAGGUGGGAACGCUGACGAUGAGGAGAGAGAGAAAGCAACAUUUGAAGGUGGAAAUGGCGAUGAGUUGUUUCGAAAGCUCAACGCACCAUCAUCUGCAGCACAGCGUCCACUCUGGGCAAUCACUAACGAUAUGGAGGAAAACCCUUGGUGA